GUUGAACCGCCGCAGCCAAUCAGCGUCUUCCACCUCCUGGGUCAUGUGACCAGGAUAUCCGUAUGACGGAUGGAGAGUGGAGACUGAGUCACCAUCUGGAGGAGCAGAAACAUGGUGUACAUCGCGAAUGGACAAGUGCUGGACGGCCAGCGGAGGUCUCCGUGGAGGCUGUCCUUUUUUACUGACCUGUUCUGGGGAAUUACAGACUUCAUUGUCUUGUUCUUUCAGAGUAUGGCUCGACCGGACAUGACAAGAAGGGGGGGUUCCAGCUCUUUAUCCAGCUCAAGAUAUGAUGACGGAAGAGGUCCUCCAGGAAAUCCACGUCGUAGAAUGGGACGAAUCAACCAUGGCUCCGGCCCCAGCCCUCCACCAAUGGCAGGAGGCGGAUGAGGAAGGUAAACGCCUGCUCGUGGAAGCAGGCAACUAGAGAAGAACAUGAACCAGUAAAAGAAGAAAAGGAAAGAGCACAUUACACUUUUCAUGUUUUUCUCUACAUGUGCAAUGCUCUGCAGCCAUGCAGAUCCAUGAUGUUGUGCUGGGCAAUCCUUAUCCAGGAUCCAGUAUGACUGAUGAUGCAUAUGUAAAACUGUAAAUGGACUUUUUGCGGUACUGUAUGUCUUAUCCGAACAUUAGAACAUGGGUGAGGUAUGGACAGAAGGGGCGACGUCAGCUGUGCAGCCCCCAUCGUCUACAGCAUCUGAAGGCGACUCUGGUAUCUGUCAACAGCACAAUCCCAGUUUGCAUGUCAUAUAAUUUAUUUUUAUGCCUUCGCCGGCAUUAUAAUUGGCUCGGAUAUACUUGUAUCGCCAUACUGUCUUAGUGAGCCGCCAUUAUAUUUUUCUCACUCGGCAAUCUUGUAGUAGAGUUUUUUUUUUCCCUCUAUGUUCUGUGCUUUACCAAUAUAAACAUGCACAAUAUUUCUAAUAAUGUAAAUAUAUCAUAGAAAAAAUUG